CCCCCCCCCCCCCGGCUUGGCGCAAUGAAGCACCAUGCUUCCCAUCAUGCAGCGCUCGCGUCUACUCCUCCGCCGAGCCGCCAUGUUGUCGGAGUGAAAUCCUGGGGUGCCAGAGAGAAACUGGGGCCGAAAUCCGCGACCAUCCACCCUCUCCGCCGGCUGUGGUGGAAUGAGCAGUGUGUGUUGAAGAGGAAAGCAGUGCUCUGGCAGGAUUCCUUCAGCCCCCACCAUAGAACUUCACCCCCCAGCAUGCCUGUGGUGCUGAGCAGUGGAGGACACGCCCCUCCCACUGGGCAAACCCCUCUGGCCACGCCCCCCAGCCAGCAGGGUGUGGCGGGCGCUGGACGCUCCCAGGAUGACGCCAUGGUCGACUACUUCUUCCAGCGGCAGCACGGCGAGCAGCCUGGCAAACAUCGCUGGCCCACUGGGGACAACAUCCACGACAGCCAGGUGCGCUCGAUGGACGAGCUGAACCACGACUUCCAGGCCCUGGCACUGGAGGGACGUGCGAUGGGAGAGCAGCUGCUCACUGGCAAGAAGUUCUGGGAGACGGACGACUCUGGGAAGGACGGGCCAAAGGGAAUCUUCCUGGACCAGUGGAGGGACAGCGCAUGGGGGGCCUCAGAUCACUCGGUGUCGCAGCCAAUCAUGGUGUCCCGCCGGCCAGGACAGGGCUUCCACGGCGGCGGCGAAGUCGGCGUGGGCUCCGUCAUGUCUCCGCGGUCCGAAAGCGGGGGUCUGGGCGUGAGCAUGGUGGAGUACGUCCUGUCCUCGUCGCCGGCGGACAAACUGGACUCCUGCCUUCGGAAAGGACCAUACCGGGACGGAGAGGUGGAGGACGACAAGAGGGACAAGCCCAAAACGGCGUUUGAGGGAGAGAAGUUGAAAGAGCUGACGGAAAGCGAGGCUGACGUCAUCAAUGACGUCAUCAACCCCAACGGGCUGCCCGUGCAGAAUGGCCUCGAUGUGGAUGUGAAAGAGUUUGGCCGCCCUCCAGGCAACAUGGUGCCCUCAGGCCCCGAGGUGGACCUCCUCGGGGGUCCCGGCGGCGUUGGAGUGGACGGGCUGACGCCUUUGGGAGGCGGCGGAGGCCACAAACCCCCGGACGACUUCUCCGGCGUGGAUCAAGGCGGGGUCGCCAUGGACCCCAUGGAGUCGGUGAUGGAGCCGCUUCAGUUCGACUACAACUCGCAGAUGCCCAUGGACUCUGCGCCCACCGUGGGCCUCUUUGACUACACCAACCAGCAGCAGCUAUUCCAGAGGAACAACGCUCUGGCGGUGCAGCAGCUCACGGCGGCGCAGCAGCAACAGUACGCCUUGGCAGCCGCGCAGCAGCCACACAUUGGUCUGGCCCCGGCAUUCGUGCCCAACCCGUACAUCAUCAGUGCCGCCCCGCCAGGCACUGACCCCUACGCAGCGGGGCUGGCAGCCGCAGCAACUCUCGGCCCGGCAGUGAUGCCUCCUCAGUACUACGGCGUCACCCCCUGGGGGGUCUACCCAGCCAACCUCUUCCAGCAGCAGGCAGCUGCAGCCAACAACUCUGCCAACCAACAGGCGGCCAACCAAGGCCAGCAGAACCAGCAACAGGUGAUGCGUGCGGGUGGCAACCAGCGACCUCUGACCCCCAACCAGGGGCAGCAAGGGCAGCAGAAUGACCAGCUGGUGGCGGCCGCGGCGGUCAACUCCGCCCUGGCCUUUGGGCAGGGCCUUGCAGCAGGGGUGCCUGGUUAUCCGGUCCUGGCGCCCGCAGCCUACUAUGACCAGACCGGCGCCCUGGUGGUCAACACCGGCGCGCGCAGCGGGCCCGUUCGCCUCAUGGCGCCGGCGUCUGUCAUCAUAUCUCCGUCUGCGGCGCAAGCAGUUGCAGCAGCGGCGGCUUCAGCGGGCGGGGCCAACGGGGGCCUGGGCGGCGGGGCCAACGGUCCUUUCCGUGCCAUGACCUCCCAGCAGCCUCAGCAGCAGGGCGGCCCCGGCGGCGCUCUCGGCGGGAGCUCCUUCUACGGCUCCUCCUCGCUCAGCUCCUCCUCCCAGAGCUCAUCCCUCUUCUCGCAAGGUUCUGGCCAGCCCGGCCCCGGCUCCGCCUCCUUGGGGUUCAGCCAGCCCGCCUCCUCGUCCCUCGGCGCCACGCUCGGGGCCACGUUGGGAGGCUUCGGCACUGCAGUGGCUAACUCCAGCGGAGGCAGCGGCUCCAGGCGAGACUCCCUGACCGGCGCCAGCGAGCUGUACAAACGCACACCCUCCAGUCUGACCCCCAUCGGCCACGGGGGGUUCUACAACGGCACCUUGGGCUUCAGCCCCUCCCCCGGCCCCGUGGGCAUGCCCCUUCCCAACCAGGGCCCCUCCCAUUCUCUCACCCCUCCACCCUCGCUGUCCAACCACAGCUCCUCAUCCAACCUCAAUCUGGGAGGCUUGACCAAUGGCAGCGGGCGCUUCAUCUCCGCCGCCCCGGGCGCCGAGGCCAAAUACCGUAGCGCCGCCAGCUCGGGCUCCUCCCUCUUUUCGCCCAGCAGCCAGCUGUUCCCGUCGUCGCGGCUACGCUACGGCAUGUCUGACGUGAUGCCGUCGGGCCGGAGCCGCCUGCUGGAGGACUUCAGGAACAACCGCUACCCCAACCUGCAGCUGCGGGACAUCGCCGGCCACAUCAUGGAGUUCAGCCAAGACCAGCACGGCAGCAGGUUCAUCCAGUUGAAGUUGGAGCGAGCCAGCCCAGCCGAGCGCCAGCUGGUCUUCAGUGAAAUCCUGCAGGCCGCCUACCAGCUCAUGGUGGACGUCUUCGGCAACUACGUCAUCCAGAAGUUUUUUGAGUUCGGCAGUCUGGACCAGAAGCUGGCGCUGGCCGAGAGGAUCCGAGGCCACGUGCUCUCCCUGGCCCUGCAGAUGUACGGCUGCAGGGUCAUCCAGAAGGCCCUGGAGUUCAUCCCCUCCGAUCAGCAGGUCAUUAGCGAGAUGGUGCGAGAGCUGGACGGCCACGUGUUGAAGUGCGUGAAGGACCAGAACGGCAACCACGUGGUGCAGAAGUGUAUCGAGUGUGUCCAGCCGCACGCGCUACACUUCAUCAUAGACGCCUUCAAGGGACAGGUGUUUGCCCUCUCCACCCACCCGUACGGCUGCCGGGUCAUCCAGCGCAUCCUGGAGCACUGCCUCCCCGAGCAGACGCUGCCCAUCCUGGAGGAGCUCCACCAGCACACGGAGCAACUGGUGCAGGACCAGUACGGCAACUACGUCAUCCAGCACGUGUUGGAGCACGGCCGGGCCGAGGACAAGAGCAAGAUCGUGGCGGAGAUCCGGGGGAACGUGCUGGGACUCAGCCAACACAAGUUUGCCAGCAACGUGGUGGAGAAGUGUGUGACGCACGCCUCGCGGGCCGAGCGGGCGGUGCUGAUCGACGAGGUGUGCAGCCUGACGGAGGGCCCCCACAGUGCCUUAUACACCAUGAUGAAGGACCAGUACGCCAACUACGUGGUGCAGAAGAUGAUCGACGUGGCGGAGCCCACCCAGCGCAAGAUCGUCAUGCACAAGAUCCGGCCCCACAUCUCCACGCUGAGGAAGUACACGUACGGCAAACACAUCCUGGCCAAGCUGGAGAAGUACUACAUGAAGAACGGCGUGGACCUGGGCCCCCUCUGCGGGCCCCCCAACGGCAUCAUGUAAACCCGUUUCCGUGGCAACCCUUCCGGAGGAGCCCGUUGCUUUUUUUAGGUCAUAUGCCCGCAACAUCUCUCAGGCCGGCCGACUUGACUUCAGGCGUGGCGGCGGUGAGACUCCUUCCAUUUCUCUUCCUCCCUUUCUUCUUUUCCAUCUUUCUUUCACUUUGAGGCUCCUCCUUCUUUUCCACACCGGCCUACACAUCACUUAGCAUGGGAGGUGGCUUCUCUGCUCUUGCUUCUAUAAAUAUAACCUGUAUACUUGGUGUAGACCUUUGCAUAUACAUAUAUACAUACAUAUAUAUAUAUAUAUAUAUAAAUAUAUAUAUACAACUUUGUAGUUUUUCUGGGUUUUGAUGUUGACUCUGUAUCUAUAGUGUAUCCUAGUAGUGACCACAUACUGUAUAAUUGUACAUUUGUAAACCCCUUGUAAUGUAAAAGUGCUUUACCGCCAUUUUUUUGGGUAUGAGGGAAGAAAAAAAGGCAAGAAAAAGAGCUGGCUGGAGAACAAAAAAAAAAGUUAGAACUCCCCUUUUGUGCAUUUCAGUGUAUAUUCUCCCCCUCAGUUGUGACAUGAGUUGUUGUAUAUUGUAAAUUGUAAUAUCAAAUGUUUUGUUUUCUAUACAGCGUAGUACUUGUACAAACAUUGGACACGCCUGCUUUUAUCUUGUCACUGCUUAACUUAAAAAAGCUCCCACCGACUUCCAUUUUUUUUGGAUCUUUUUUUCUUUUCUUUUUUUUAAACAUCUUUUAUAGGAACGCUCCACCUCACCAAAAGUGGUCACGUGUGAAAGGUUUUUGCUGACUGUACAGAGAGGAUUCUUGUGUUUUUUUUCGGGCCAUUUCUUAGGCGCUGUAUGAUAGUGUCCAGGUAUUUAGUUGUUGUUUGGGGUGACAGGGGUGUACAUUUGGAGCAGCCUUGUGUAUAUUUACUACCAGCACACCUUGUAACCAUAUGUGUAUAGUUAACAGAACCUGUGUAUGCUUAUUGCCUGGGCGACUAUUUUUUGUAACUCCUGUUGUAGAUUGUCUCUAAACAACUGUGUGAUCUUUAUUUUGAAACCAAACAAAAACAAAAGAAACAAAACAAACAAACAAAAAACUUUGAAAAUUGAA